AUGAUCGAUAUAUCCAACGGCACCCAGAUAGCAUAUGGAGACGAUGUUUUGCAAAAGAUUAAGGUGUUCAACUUCUCACCCCACAACUCCCACACCAUCGUGUUAAUCCAUGGUGGCGCCUGGAGAGACCCUAACAACACCUUUCUGGAUUUCGAAGACUUGGUUGGGUAUUUGCUGAAGGAGCACAAUUUGAUAGGUGUGAACUAUCGACUUUCACCAGAUAAUAAGCACCCGUGCCACAUUGAGGAUGUUGUAGCUGGAGUUGGCAAGAUCCAGACCUUGGUAGCACCUGGUACUGAUUAUUCGUUUGUGGGGCAUUCGGUAGGUGCCACCCUUCUUCUCCAAUUGCUAAAUUAUCACGAGAUUAUUGAUUUGGGAAACAGGGACUUUACUGUGAGCAAAUCGCUCCCUAAGUUGGAUUUGAAGAUUCGUUACAUUUAUUUUGUCGACGGGAUCUAUGAUAUCCAAGACCUUAUUGCCGAGUAUGGAGCUCCAUAUAAACUGUUCGUAGAUUGUGCAUUUGAGAGCGAAAAACAAUAUUUGGAGGCCACGCAAAUGACAUGGAGUCUUUCGAAAGAGUUUUUGUGGGAGUUCAAGGCGGUGGUGAUACAAUCGGAGGAUGACGAACUACUUAGUCAGAGACAAUCUGAUUCAUUUGUUGGCUUUUUGAAGAAAAGACAAUGUACAGUUGAAUACUUGCAGGGAAACUGGGGCAAACAUGAGGAGGUUUACAGACAUCCGUAUUUAGCUGAGAUUAUUGAGACCAGGUCUCAGAAACUUUUAAGGAGCGAAGUAGCGGAGUAA